AUGUGUGACAACGUUUCACUAGACUUCCCUCACCUCACUGCUGGCAACUUUGAGAGCUGCCUGGCCUCCGACCACGACCUGGUUAACUCCUUCAAUGAUUUCUUAAGGCUGCCGUGUUUCUCGGAGGCUGUGCAGUAUAACCAGGGCAGCGGGCUGUUUGAGCUGGAGACCGGGGCCGCUGAGAGCGUCUCCAGAACCAUCGGAACCGUCCUCAGAGAGGUCCGGGCUGACCCCACCGUGCUGGCCAGGACCCCCCCAGUAGACAACCACUACACCGUCUUUCAUCUAGAUGAACAAGGAACUCAGUGGAUCAAGAGAGAGAAGUUACCCUUUUACCUUCAGAGUGACUGCUAUUUUGAAUACAGACUCGACAAGCUCUUGUUUCAGCAGAAGCUUGAGCUGUCCAAGUGCAAGAGCAGCUCAGGUAGAGGCGUCCGGUCCCGUCCAGCGUCCCGUCCACCGUCCCCUCGCCCAGACGUCUCCCUCUGUCACCUUAAAUGUGAGCAAAGUCAGGAUCUGCACAGCUCUCAAACUGAUCUGAGCCUCUCCGUCACGGGCGCAUCAACAGCCUCUCACGAAGACCAACAUCUCAGGCCGUCUCAGGGGGAGUGCUGCCAGAUGUUUGGUUCUGCUGAACAGCAGCCGGAGUAUCUGGAUGCAGUCAGCAUGGUGGGAGGUCUGCACCUGGUUAACACAAACGACUCUGUCAACAAGUCAGGACACCAGGAGGAGGCAAAUACAGAUCUGAAUGAGAAGAACAAGGGCAGCAGGGUGAGAAAUCAGGAAAAUAGCCCUGAUUUCUGUCGGGAUGACAGGCCAGACUUUAAUGCAUUCAAAGAGUUUUUGCAAGGAAGACAAGGAGCGAAGCUACUUGGCCUCUGGAUGGAUGUAGAGAGACUAAAAGCUGCACAGCACAGAGGCAGGAAAAAGAGGUAUUUGGACCUCAUGACGAGGAGGUACGUGCCGAGCAGCAGCAGCAGCAGUCUGAGUGCGGGGCAGCUGUCCAGCCUGGGCCUCGCUGCCUCUCCCUGCUGGACAGAGGAGAGACUGCUGUCGGUGCAGCCGCUCAUCACACACGACCUGCUCAGCUACUGGGGUAAUCAGUUCUGGAUGAGCCCUCGUGUUGGGGAGGAUGGGUCUGCCCACGUGGGUCUGCAGACAGUGGAGGAUUGUUACUGCAUAACUCCGUCUGUCCUCCAACCCGCCCCCCGCACCCCCCAGCGCCCCCACUCUGCCCCUACAGAGCUGCUCUCCAGCAGAGUUCGGUCUCUGUGCAGCAGAAACACGCAGAAGAUGCUGGAUGUUCUGUUUGUGGAGUCCCAUUCGGGCUCAUACUUCACACACUUCUGUGAACAAUCUGGAAACCAGUUGUGGGUGAACACGGUCUACUUGUGGGCAGACCUGCAGCAUUACCACGAGCUGUUUGAGCAGGAGGAACUGAACCCCUACACGGUGCAACGAGAGGCUCAGCUCCUGUACUCCACCUACAUCAGCAGCUUUGCCAGGAGGAGCGUGGAGGUGGACGAGCAGCUCAGGGUGCAGGUGUACAGCAGACUGUUCCCUGCUGCUGAGGAGUUUGUGAUGUACGUGUACGACAGGCUGCUGCCUGUGUUUGAGGAGCUGUUCGACAGGGUGGAGGAGCACGUGCUGAAGCUCCUGCUGGAGCCGUGGAUGCUGCUGGUCAGCAGGGACAGAGAAUCCUUCCAGCAGGUGUGUGUGCAGGAGGAGGUGCGCUGCGUCGACACCCAGGAGUUCAGGGAGCUGCAGAGUCUUUACGAGGAGCUGGACCGACAGCUGCAACAGCAGAUGGAGGAGUCCCAGCGCUCUGCUCAAGCUAACGCUCUUGACUCCAGCGUGUCCUCACGUUACCAGAAUGACCUGCUAGAAACCGUCCUGGGUCAGUGUGGGAAGACUGGCCACUUCCUGUCCUUCCUGCAGAGUCACGGGGCCAGCCUCCACCUGCGGUGCUGGGCAGACCUGGAGCAGUACAGGAGGACUCCUCACACGGACCGGACCGCCAGGCAGCAGAGGUCGUCUUGUGUCGUCACUAAAUACCUCAACGAGCGGUACUUCUUUGGCGCGGACAGUCCCGCCACAGCGGAGCAACAAGAUGAUGUGCUGUGCUCCACCGGGGGACGGGAGCGUCUGGCGUCGGAGUGUCUGUCGGACUCUGUCGUCGUGGAGAUCCAGGGCAUCAUCAGGACUCACAUUGAGGAGACGCUGCUGCCUUGGUUUCGGUCCAAAUCCAAACCCAAGUCAAAGCUGCAGGCAAGAGGCUCCUUCUGGCAGAAGCUCGCAAGCAAAGCAAGCAAAGCAAGCAAAGCAAGCAAAGCAAAAAAAGAAGCCGGGAAGAAAGCAGAUGAGCGUGUCGGUACAUCUGCUAACGUGUGUCUGCAGGAAAGCUUGUGGAUGGCUUCUUCCAAAGAGAUCCUGCUGUUCCGGCAACUCCUCCUCGACCCCGUGGCCUGCCAGCAGUUCCAGCACUUUGUCUCUCUGAGGGGAGACUUCCUGGAAAAUGAUGUGCGCUUCUGGGUGGAGGUGCAGAGAUACAAGGACCUGUACCACUCCCACUGUGGCGACGACACCAUCCAGCACAAGAUCUCCACCAUCAUCGGCUGCUUCAUCGACUCGUCCGCGCCCCCCCCGCUGCAGAUAGACGUCCCCCCCGAGCAGGCCCAGCGCAUCCUGGAGAAGAGACACGAGCUCGGCCCGUACAUCUUCAGAGAGGCCCAGACGUCAGUGUUCGGUGAGCUGCUACAGUAUUGGACUGAGUUUCAAAGGUUCAGCAGCAAAGUCCAGGAGAAGGACAUCCUCCCUCUGCUGCAGGAGAAGAGAGAGAAAUACAGAGCCAGAGUACGGAGGCAGAAGAGAAAAGAGGAAGAGGAUAUGUGGAGGAGUGAGCAGAAACAGGAAAAGCUGGAGAGACAAGAAUCACAGUUCACAGACGGGGGCAGAACGGAUGAUGGUGAGGAGAUGAAACAAAAGGAAACACCUGUAAAAGCCCGGGCGAGGACUCGGAGAAGAGCACCACCAAACCCCCCGCCGCUGUUGCAGUCGUUGUCCAAGUACAUGGCAGGUCUGAAGAAAGAACAGAUUCUGCUGAAGAAACAGAUUCAGCUGGCGACCCUCUCCUCCUCCACGGUCUCCGAACCGGCCUCUGACAUCAGCAUCAAGUCAGCAAGGAGCAAACGCAGCACCGUUCAUCCAUGACCAACACUCAGAAUCUUUGUUUUACUGCAGGAGGGACAGAACCUGCAAUGAACCAAAGAUUAACCCCCCGCCGUUAUCCCAGCAGCACAAGUGUACUAAAGAUGAAACAACACCUUAGGUAAUGAUGACUUUUUUAAUAAGACGGUUCUCUAUGCAUAUAUUAUAGAUUUAUAAAGGCGUUGGACUCAGACGUCGUAGAGAGCUCAGUGGUACCACAAUAAUAUAAAAAGGCAACAAUGACACGUUUGCAUCUUAACGGUUUGGCAUCAACACAAGUCCACAGAACAGUGUUACAUCAUCUAAAACCUUUUGGUCGACAGCUGGUAUCUAGCAUCCUUCAGCAGAUGUAUAAUAUUGCACUUUACGUUGGCAUGGAAACGGUAAACACAGAGGGCACAAGUCCAGACUGCUCCGACCCGAACAUCUG